UGUUGGUUUGGUUAAACUCAAACUUAUUUAUGAAUAAUAUGUUGACUUCAUUCAUCAAUAAUAAUUCCCUCCUCAUUUUAUAUUAUGUAUUAAAUUGAUAAUCGGAUAAAUAAAAAAAGCAUUCUAAAUAAGUUCAUUAGAUUACCACAAAUUUAUAAAUAUUUUUUUAAAUAAACUCUUCAUUUGUCAAUGCUAAUUUCAAAUCAUAAAAACCAUGCAAAACGUCGAUAAUCACAAUUCUGAUGCUUGUGUAGCUACUAUAUCUAACGUAUUAAUUCCUCCCCCACUCCCUGGAACAGUCGGAGCACCGAAUAAGGCUAAAUUCCGACCUUCGAAUACUCAUUAUAACGACAAUGACGAACUUAACAGAGAUUCUACCCAAAAAGCGCAAAGAAUUCUUGAACAAGUUUUGAGUAAAGCAGCUUCAGCCCCACCUGAUCAUAAACCCUUUACUUACACCCCUCAUUUAGAUGAGUUAAAAGCUGUAAGCAAAAGAUGGAAAAAGUUUUCAGAUGAAGAUUAUUCAACAGCUACACCCGAUAAUAUAUCAUAUAAAUAUAAUCAUAACGAACCUUCACAUAUUCCUUUAAAAUUAAAUGUUUUUCCUGGUGGGUCAGCUUCAUCAUAUUCUAAUAAAUAUAGUCCUGAUAAUAAUAUAUAUUUAAAUUGUCAAAAUGUUCAAGAAAACCAUAAUUUAAAUACAAGAACACAUACUCUAAUGAAUAAUAAGCCUUCCAUCUACCCUAACAAUAUGAAUAUAUGCGCUCAACCCUAUAAAGCGCAUGCAGAUAAAGAUAUAACAUACAAUUACUUCAACGAAAAACCUUUAAAUAAUCCAGGAACAUCAUUAAAUUUUUUACAUUAUGAUAAAUACUCUAUAGAUGACAAUAGCAAACAAUUAAAUAAAGAAAUUUAUUAUACACCCAAUGAUACAAAUACAAAUGUACUCAACAUUAAAUCGGCUUACAACCCAGACUAUCCUUUAACUUUUAAAAAGGAUAGAGAGGAAGAUUCAAACAAAUAUGAUUAUUAUAACGUUCCCAUAAAUGUAACAUACACAGUUAAACCAUUUUUCAUUGAAAAAUUCGAUAAUAAAUACGACGACACUAAAAAUAAAGAGAAUAAUAAUCGAUCAUCAUUUUAUAAUAAGGAUUCUAAUUCUACAAAGUCAAACUCUGAGCCAUAUGAAGGUCAUUUAAGUCCUAAAUCUUGUGAACGUGAUAUACCUAUUCAAAUUAUCAAGGAAAUAGGUACAAGCUCCUGCAAUGUCAUUCCAACUAAAGUUAUUAAAAAUGAUUCUGGGACCGAUGUAUUGAAAAGGGCAAAAUCGCACGAAUUAAUAGCUAGUCUUAUACCAGACAAGAACGGCGACAUGUUAUGGCACAUCACUAAAAUAUCAUCUGAUAUUAAUCCAGGAAAUAAUCAUUAUCAUGAAGAUCAAAGAAAUCGUGAGCCACAUCAGGCUAUAAAUGUUGGGAGAGACGCAUACUUUUAUAACAAAAUAAGUCCUAGACAAAUUAUGGAUGAAGGAACAACUGAUUUUUGAAGCUUUUAUCAUUAACAAACAAUAUAACAUAUAGUAAAUGGUAAAUCUCGCAUCAAAUUCCUAUUUUGAAAUUUAGUUCUAUUUAUAUUGUGCAUAUUAUUGGUAGAAUGUAUAAUUAUUUUCAUAUUAAUAUAUAAUUUUCGAGAUUUUAAUUAUAGUAUUUAUUUCAAACUUGAAAAAAUUAUAUUUAAUAAUAAACUCCGAAAUUUUGCUAUGAAAUUGUGAAUCAAUAUUAAUUUAACCCUUUAUUAUUAAUUAAAAUUAAUUCAAAAUUGUCGGAAAUUCAUAGGGUUAGGUACUUCACAAGGUAGAAUACAUUUUCGGCAAAUAGUUUUUAAAAACAUGCGUUUUGGAACAGGAGCAGACUGGCGACGCUACGGCCUCGUGGGCAUUUUUUAUAGCGGCCUCACUUUUAUAGGGGCUUAGCCCCCAUAUUUUUUAUUUGGCGGGUCUUCUGCCCGCUUUUGCCUGCCUUUGGCCGGGUUCUUUUAAAUGGCUUCUUCGAAUUUUAUUACUUCUUAUUUUUGAAAAUAGGCAAACGAUUUACAUUUUUUUUAAAAAAAGAAUAAUGAAACGAUAAUCAUAUAUUUUAUUUUAAAACAUUGCACAUCUAAAAUCAUAUUCAUCGCACAUAUAUAUUUUAUAUUAGAUUUACAACGAUAUU